AUGGUUGCUGAAAGCUCAGGGCGAGAAGUUGUGCAGGAUGAAUCAAGUCCGCUGGUGAUGGACAGGGCUAAUGGGUCUAGCUCACUGUCUCCAAGGGAAGUACAUAAUCUUCGGAAUGUCAAUCAACAUCAUCACCAUAACCAUAACCAUUAUUUGCAGGACCGCAGUGAAUCGCUACCAGAGUAUCUAAGCAGUGUUCCCCUUACAGUCAGCGAUAGCAGUGGUGGGGCUUCAUCUUCAGGUCAAAGAUGUGCUAAUUCCUAUAAUUCUCUACGCAAUCUCAGUUUAUCUCAUCUCACAGCAAAACAACAUUUUCUAGUGGCAAUUUGCAGGGAUAUGGCUCUCGUACCUCCAAUAUGUUCGUUGUACUCAUCUCUAAAGAUAGCUUGGGAAUUUUUUCGUAAUGCACAGAACGACAUCUUGUACCCAUUAUCGCUGGCGACAUCCUUUCAGAACUCUUGGGCUACUUAUGUGAAGAACAACAUCAGACAUCAGAUCACCAAUUUCGGUAUGUCAAAUCCUGUCAGCAAUUUCUUGCCGAAUCGUGAGGUCCUUGAUGAUCAAGCGUGGCUGCUGAGUGCACUUAGUGCCACUAGGUCUUCGGAGUAUCUACUAUGUUCCCUUUGGUGCCUUGUAUCCAUGUAUCUGUCAUAUUCCAUACUCGAUUCCCUAAUGGUCCGUUGGAUUAUGAAGUACUCCACUCUCGCUGCCAUCUUGCGAAUGUUUUCUAUGUCUUUGGUUAUUGUUACCAUGGAAUUGUUACUGCUAUCCUCUUUGUCCCCCAAUGGGGAUUACUACCUUCAUUCCUGGAUCCUUAUCAGCUGCAUUCUCACAGGAGCUUACAUCUGGCAGAGCUUUCUAACGUCACAUCUAAGCUACGUGGAUUAUAAUAUUCCUGAGAAUAUUUCUCCUCCAAGUAGCACCGGCGGUGUGGUGGGCUCUGGCACCUCUCUAUCGUCAGUGGAUCGCUCUAUUGUGCCACUAUCAUCUCAAACAACUCUACUGGACUCUACACAACAACAACAGCAGCAGCAGAUACAACGGAAGAAAAAGCAGAGGAAGAACAAGGCAUUUCGGUUUGAAUUUGCAAAAAAACGAUCUAUUGAUCUCUAUAAUAUAACUGUAUUCUGUGUGGUACCUGUGGGGAUAGCCAGCUUCAUUACUAUGCUGGGCCUACUUCGUAACCUUGUUAUCCAAAGACUGGACGCAGAGCAAGUGGAAAGAUUUUUUAAACAAAUGUACCAAGAUUCAUAA